CCAGGAUAAAAUACAAUCCCACUGUGACCGGGUUGUGCAACCAAUUUCGGAUCUUCACACUAACCCAGGCCUACCAAACGUCCACGAUGCCCUCUGAAACUAUGCGCGCGGUCGUCUUGAAGGGGGUGAAAAAUGUCGCGGUGGAAGAGCGGCCAAUCCCCACCAUUCAGGAUCCCAAGGACAUCAUCGUCAAGGUCCGAUACACCGCAUUAUGUGGCAGCGAACUCCAUGUCUUCCGUGGUCACCAGCCCUCCAAACCGGGCUUCAUCAUGGGCCACGAAUUCACCGGUUCCGUCCAUGAGAUCGGCUCCGACGUUCGAAAUCUGAAGCUCGGCGAUCCCAUCGUCAGCCCGUUCACAGUGAGCUGCGGGGCAUGUUUUUACUGCACGCAGGGGUUCUCAUCCAGAUGCGAAAAGUGUCUCCUCUUUGGCUGCCCGCUGCUUGAUGGCGCGCAGGCCGAAUACGUCAGAGUGCCUUUGGCGGAAUCGACCGUGGUGAAAGCCCCGAGUGGCAUCGAGGACCUGAAGCUGUGUCUCAUGGCAGACAUUUUUCCGACGGGCUACUUUGCGGCGUCCAACGCGCUCGGCGGGCUGAAGCCCAAGAUUGUCAGCGAGAGCGUUGUCGUCGUGAUUGGCUGCGGCCCUGUCGGCCUUUGCGCUUUGAUCGCGGCAGGCGAGUACAAGCCCAAGGCAUUGCUGGCCGUCGACGGCAUCGAGGACCGCCUAGAGACCGCGAAGAGCCUGGGUGCUGAGCCUUGGAACUACCAAACCCAGCGGGAGGAGCUUUCUAAACGCGUCCUGGAACUAACAGACGGGCGUGGAGCCGAUGCUGUCAUCGAGGUUGUGGGCCAUAGUUCGGCUCUUGAGAUGGGAUUCCAGCUACUUCGCCCUUGGGGGAUCAUUUCGAGCGUCGGUGUGCACAACGGCGAGAUUCCAUGGACUGGAAAUCAAGCGUACGGCAAAAACUUGACUAUUAAGAUGGGCAGAUGCCCAGUGAGAAGUAUAUUUACAGAGGCUCUCGAACUGCUCGAGAAGAAGCAGCACUUGUUGAACUUUAUGACGGAGACGAUCAUGCCACUCAGUGAGGCAGUGCAAGGCUAUGAAAUAUUUAAUGAAAUGAAAACGCACAAGGUUAUUUUUGUUGCCGACAAGUAGGCUAGGGGGGUGCAAAGGAACUUCAUUUGUAACCACUUCUCUAACACGGUGAACUGAGUCCCAUAUGGUCUCUUCAGUAUGUGCUGCCAAAAAGGUUGGAUACAAUUCAGCUAUGGUCUUGACUACAUUCAAACUCUCCACAAAUCCCUGGGCCAGGUACCAUAGGCAUAACUCUGUACAAUGAUGCAACUUAGGCUAGAUAUCAGAUGAAUCUGAACCACUCGCCCUGUGGUGAAUGAAACCCUUGCUUCCACGUAGCGAGUCGGGGCUCGGUCAAGGAAGCUUGCUUCGUCAACCCUUGAGCGUAAUCAUUCCCUCACGCAAAAAGAAAGGGAACCGGAUGGUCUAGCCAUUGUAUUGCCCCGUACUGGAAUCGAA